AUGACGGUGCUAGCGGACUAUGCGAACAAGUACGAAACGGUCAGUGUGCAACGGGAGGAUGGGAUUCUGCAGGUAACCUUCCACUCGGGGGACGGCAGCCUGCUCUGGGGCGAGGCGGCUCACCGUGAGCUGGGAUAUGCCUUUGCCGACAUCGGGGCGGACCCGGAGAACAAGGUGGUCAUCCUCACCGGAACCGGAGACGACUACUGCGCCAAUUUCGAGCCCAAUCGCCCAACCCGGCGAAUGCCCAAGGACUGGGACAAGACGUACUGGGAGGGCAAGCGGCUCCUGACGAAUCUGCUCGAGAUCGAGGUGCCGGUGAUCGGGGCGGUCAACGGCCCGGCGACGAUUCACGCCGAGAUCCCGGUGAUGUCCGACAUCGUCCUGGCGUCGGAUACCGCCACGUUCCAGGACGGUCCCCACUUCCCGCGUGGUGUGGUGCCGGGCGACGGAGUCCAUGUCAUCUGGCCCCUGGUGCUGGGGCAGAACCGGGGACGGUACUUCCUGCUAACCGGGCAGACGCUCUCGGCCCAAGAGGCACUGAACCUUGGCGUGGUGGCCGAAGUGAUGCCAAGGGACCAGUUGCUGCCACGGGCAUGGGAACUGGCACGGCAACUGGCUGAGCGCCCGCCGCUCACCCUGCGCUACAGUCGUGUGGCGCUGACGCUGCAGAUGAAGCGGCAGAUGCAGGACAUGCUGGGUUACGGCCUGGCCAUCGAGGGCCUUGCCGCGGUGGAUGUGUCUCUCUCGCAAGAAUAG